AUGAUUUGUGCCGAUGGUCGCAAACCAGCGAUGAUUUUUAGGCGGGAUAGUGAUAGUGAUAGUGAUGGUGAUGGUGCUGGUAGUGGAAACAGUGGGAAGUGUGAAGGGAGCAAGCAGCAGUGUGAGCUGCCCACUGAUCACAACCUAGGUGUGCGUGUUGGUGUGGCAGUGGCUAUUCCUGUGGGUGUGAUUAUUAUAGUGCUGGUGGGGAUACUUAUCGUUGUGUACAGGAGGAGCAAGCGGGAGGAGAAAGAGGACCACGACCCUGAGUUCGAGGGCGAUAACGAGUAUAUACCAGUGGCCCGGCAUGGUGCUCUGCAGAAGCACAGGGAGAACAUGAUGAUGGCGACGGACCCGUUCCAGCUGCCGGGGUCUACGGGCAGCGAUGCUGACCUGCGCGACUUCGCCAAGCGUGUGCAGAGUGAUGGGUUCGGCGGGUACCAAUUGGCCUCUAUGAGUGCAUCGAACAACGCGUCGCAGGUGUCGCUGACACACCUGGACCAGUCGCGGGGAAGCGCGGGCCCUCGUAUGCUGAUGAAAAACAUGAGGCCGCCCAUGACACACAUGGCUUACUCUUCUAGCUCGCUGAGAAACGCUACCAAUGGCCACAGCACAGACGACUCCACAGGAACUUCCACAGAUAGAUCGCCAACAGCAUUAUCAACAGACGAAAAACUGUCCCAUAAUCUGCACAGCAACUUAUCUGAGAAGCCAAAACCUUCUUUCGAAUUUGAGACCAUGGUUAUUGAAUCCAACGAUCUCGACGACGACGACGACGAUGAUGAUGAUGAUGAUGAGUAUAACAAAGGGCGCACAAACGAGCGUAACAACUAUCACAGAGAUACAGACAAAUAUGACAUGGAGGAUGAUAACGCAUCUGAGUUCGUUACAGAACUGAGCCCCGAUGAGGAAGAAAAUAUUCAACGGAUGAAGAGUAUAUACAAAGUUUACCUCGAUAGGAGUAAAACGAUAAAAGAACGGGAAGAUAACCCGUUACCGUCCGAUGAUGAGCAGGAAUCACUGGCCUUAAACAGAGAAGAGAAUGAAGACACAUUGAAUGCGCUCACGACAAGUAACAACCAACUUGCUGUACAAGAGGGUUCUAAUCACGGGAGAGCUGCGUCGUCGAUAUAUUCUGAGUUACCAGUUCUAUCACAGCACGAGAAAAAAGUUUCUGAAGUAUCUAAUCAAAUGCAGAUGAAUGACAGAAAUGUGGUACCUCCACAGACUUCUCAAGAUAUCACUGGUGGUCAACAAUACGGCCAGCCAUAUAAUACGGCUAUGGAUGGUGCUACACAGGCCUAUCCAUACCAGUCACAAGAAGGCUACAAUCAGUUUCCUCAAGAGGCAUAUUACCAGCAAUCAUCACAGAAUGGAUUAUAUGGUCAACAGAUUCCAGAAGAAGGUAACUACCCACAGUCACAAUAUAUUCAAUACCCACAGCAAAUGUAUCAACCUACUUAUAAUGUCAGUUUACAACAAAACAUGAUGAGUUAUAACAACAACAACGCAUCUCAAGAGUUCCACCAUCCACAAACCCUGGAAACAAUUGGUGAACUACCUACCCCUGCAUACUUGGCCUCAUCCGAGUCCACUAAUUCCCUCACAGCAUUUAAGAAAAAUCAAAAACAACAACUGCAUCAAAUUCAAACCGCAAGAAUAAACGGUACCGCAUUAAACCCAAUGGAUCAUCCUGAGAUGUUCUAUUCUCCAAGCACAGACACUUAUCUAAACAACGGUGGCAUGCAACCAAGCAAUGGAAGUGUAUACUCUGCAAACACUUAUAGAGGACAGGUCAAUGGUGCUCCACUUCCAUAUCAACUGCGUCAAAGUGUGGUGAUGACAAACCCCUCAGAACUGUCGUUGAAUACACUUCAUAAACCAGCAGGCUCAUUGAGGAACUACAUCAACUCUAACUCCAGGAACAAUAGCUUGACUACCCAGGGAAAUCCUUACAAUCAACCAAACCAAAGCAGAGUUAGUGGUAUUCUUGAUCACAUAGACACUAUACAACCGCCUGGUGUGGGUAAUAUUUUACCUCACAACGGUAGUAGCAGUGAUUUAAGGAAACAGCUAGGGUCUUCGAACAAUUACAAUUUUUCAUAG